AUGACGGUGGUGAAGACCACAGCAGCAAGAACAACAACAAGGACUGGGACUGGGAGGAUGACAAGGACCAGGACUGCAAGGAGGAUGAUGAUGACAAGGAGGAGGGCCAGUGCUACUGGAAGUGCGUCAAGGUUUGUCACAAGAAGAACCGCCACACCACCUCAACGACCAGGAAGCACACCACCUCGACCACCAAGGACUGCCCCGAAGGAGACCACCUCUACGACCAGGAAGCACACCACGACCACUGAGGAGUGCCCCAAGGAGACCACCUCCACGACCAGGAAGCACACCACCUCGACCACCAAGGGCUGCCCCAAGGAGACCACCUCCACGACCAGGAAGCACUGUGAGAAGGAUGAGUACAAGCACUAA